GGAGGGUACGCUGAACAAGGCGGAGGCAUUGCAGUAUUGUUGCUGCGUAAUUAGUGUUAUUGUUUAUAAUAACAGUUUAAAACUAUUUAUAUUGUAUUUAACUUAUGUUAGCCAUGUUUAAUAACGACAACGAGGCCGACAGAACCAUAUUUGUAGGGAAUUUAGAUAGCAGUGUAAAAGAAGAGAUACUAUUCGAGCUUUUUUUGCAGGCUCAGCUCACUGCUACCACCCCUGCGCUGACUUGGAAUGGCGAAGACGAACACACGCUGUCCUCUGAAGUGUGUGCCAUCAGCCGACCGCUUUUUUUCACACUGCGGACUCACCAUGCAGACACCCGAGCUACAGCAUCGGAGGACAACGCAGCUCUUGGGCAGCUUACAGGCAAGCCUUCGGGUGCCCAGCCAGACUACAGGGGUCGCUGGUGCGCGGCUGGACCUUUGACCAGAGUUACCAUUGCAAAAGAUAAGGAUGGAAAACAGAAAUCGUAUGGCUUUGUUUGCUAUAAGCACAGAGAGGCUGUGCCUUACGCCAUAGCUUUACUGAACGGAAUCCGUUUGUACGGAAGACCAAUCAAGCUCCAGUACAGAUUUGGCAGCUCCCAUACACCUGAUGCAGGUAGUUCUUAUCCAGGUUCAGACAACAGCCCAUGCAGAACUCCUCAAGGCAGUUGUAGGAAUGAUGGUUAUCCUGAGGUUUCUCUGUUCCCAACUCCUCCCUUCACAGCCAACACUUGUGUAUCACAAGAAUAUUUCUACUGGCAACAUAUGAUUGUUACAUAUUGCUCUGGAAGAAAUCACUUGGGGAGAAUUCACCUAAUGUGAAGUGGAAAAGCCUGCAACCUGCUCUCCACCACAAUCACGUCAACCGGAGGCUUGAAACCAUUAUUAGACUCGGACAUUGGUGUUCUUAAGUAGAUAAAUAGAAUGCUUAUUCUGUAGCACAGGAUACAACAGUUCUUAGCACAGCUUCACAGGGGGGGGCGGGGUACGCGAGACAAAUCCUGUAAUGGCGGACAACAGAUUUUUUUUUACCACAUUGUAGUACUUUGUAGGACUUACCAAUCCAAUUAACAAUGUUGAAUCUUCUUUCAAAUAAAACCACAUGUGUACUGGUGUACGCUUCCUUUCUGUUUACACUAUAAACAACGCGUUGAGCGCACACAUGGCUAAUUUACAUAUUUAAAUAGCAGGGCCGUGGUUCAGUCUGUAGGCUAAAAAUAAAUAAAUAAAUGAAAUAAAUAAAAAUAUUGUCAUUGUAUGAUGUUGCUUCAUUUAAAAAUGUGUAGUAUUUACUUGGUACGUUUACUUUCUGGAGUUUAAAUGUUCAGUGUUGUAUCUAAGUUUAUGUUUUUUAAAUAACAGUAUUAUGGAGUUGAGCAGGCAGCUGGGCCGCCCUAGACAGUGAAAUCACUCACUCGUUCUGCGCUGGAGCUGGAGCGAUCUUUAUCUUUAUCUUGCAAUGCUGUAUGUGCUUUAUGUUUUCCAUGUACAGUAAUUGGCUGAACUCUAGUCCCUCCUCCUUCCCUGUAUGCAUUCUGUUCCAGCAAAUCGAGGCUUUUUUCUUUUUUAAAUGACCCGCUUAGCAGCGUAAAGGAAUAUCCGGUAGAAAGUGUUCUGAGGGUAUCAGAUGAUUCUAGGGCAUUUGCCAAGCACUCCCACCUUUCACUUUCAGGGCUUGUCAACUCUACGAAAUCAACCCACCCUGACCCUAACCUUAGGCAAACCCAGCCCUAAAACCUAACCCUAAGCGAAUACCUAACCAUUAAAAAUCACCUGAUGCCCUCAGGACACUUUCUAGUGGAUAUUCCUUUGUACUGCACCCACAUAAAGCCUUUUGUAACAAAGUCCUAUUGGUUCAUUGUAAAAUACAGAAUAGCAUACCCUCUGUGUAUGGGCUGCAUUGUUUACUAAUCGGUGUAGUUUUACUGUAAUCUGUGAUUAAAAAGCUGGCCCGUCCAUUGGUAGGUAGGCAUUUUUUAUUAUUUUCAGUUAACAACAAUGAUUACUUAAGCCUAGUAAUUAGAAAAUACAUUUUUUUUUCUUUUAUCAUAGGUAUAUUAUGACCCUAUCUCAGAUGGGGGUACGCAGUAGACUAGAUUUUUUGGAAAGGGGUGCAGGGCCUAAAAAGUUUGAAAACCACUGCUUUAAGUGAUCCUGCUAGUUAAGAUGUUUGAACUGCAUAAGUCACUGCUCCUGAUGAGCAGACAUACUGACACCUCCAAAAACUGACUCCCACGAAACCACUGUGCUUAUAUAUGCGGUACAACUCUACCAACUUGUAACGUUUUACUCAUUUUAUAUAAACACUCUACAUAUGUACUAUUGUAUAUUUUAUACAAAAAUACAUUCUUAAUUAACAAUACAAUAGCAAAAAUAAAUUAUAUUUAAAAAAAACCUUUAAGCCAUCUUCCGGGUAAGCUUUUGUUUAUUUUAAACAGUGACGGUUUUCCAUCACAGUCGCCACUAAACAAAGUAAUUUGAGAAAAGACAAUACAUUUUACUAUUUUUGUGAGUUUUGUCCAGCUUGGCUUGGAUUGUGGUAUCCUGAUCAAAUGUCCAUGUACAGUAGUCCAUUGCAUAUCUGACUGUGGUGGGACCAGAGUAAGGGCGGAUAUGUAAGAAGUCGGAUAAAUGGGGAUCCCGAGUGGCGCAUCCAGUAAAGGCGCUCCGCGCAGAGAGCAGGAUGUGCCCUAUAGCCUGGAGAUCGCACGUUCGAAUCCAGGCUAUGUCACAGCCGACCGUGACCGGGAGUUCCUGGGGGGCGGCGCACAAUUGGCUGAGCACUGCCCGGGUAGGGAGGGCUUAGGUCGGCAGGGGAAUCCACGGCUCACCGCGCAUCAGCGACCCCUGUGGCCGAUAGAGCGUCUGUGGUUCUGCAGUGGAGCCGCCAGAUCUGUGUUGUCCUCCGGCACUAUCGGUCUGGUGGCAUUGCUGUGGAUCUGCAGUGCGAAAAAUGACGGCUUGGCAGGAGCACGUUUCGGAGGACACGUGUUCCAGCCUCCGUUUCCCGAGUCGGUGGGGGGGUUGCGAGCGGUGAGCCGAGGAUACAGAUAAUAAUUGGGCAUGCUAAAUUGGGGUGAAAACCAGGGUAAAAUAAUAAUUGGCGACGACUAAAUUUUAAAAAAAAAGUCGGAUAAAUGAAUCCUGUUUUAAAUACCAUGAUACACAGCUGUAAUAAUGACUAUAUUCACACAAUUAUUGUUUUGUGAUUCAGCUUUUUAUCAGGGAUCUCCCCUAAAUCCCUUGUUUAGAAAGAUACAGGGUAUUAAUGCUUGUGACAGGGUAGCCGUCUACCUUGUGGGUGCGUGCAUUCGCUGCUGAGUGACAGGCUUACUCACUGUUCAGUUGAUAGAGAGAGAGAGAGACACACACACACACACACUAUUUAGCCCAGUUGGCUCUGGUGUUGCAGCCGUGCGGUAAAUAAUAAAUGGAACCUUUUUAUACCUGACGCCCCACUGGAACACACCUAUCUGUUGAUUUGGAUUCUACACUUGGUAAUCACACACAGCAGGCAGGCUGUCCAGGCAGCAUCAGGUACUUAAUUAAUUAAUUACAAUAAGUACACACUAUUUACAAUAUACAUUUACACAAAAAAAAAAAAACACUUCAUGUGCAGGGCUACUGUCCUGCCACCGUGUUGUAUACACUUACAUUAGUGUCGGGUAAUUUACACAGUAGCAAAAUUCAUACGUUUACAAAAAAAAAAAAAAAAUCAAUUGUAAGCACAACUCGCUUUCGCUUUCCUGUAUCCGGUUUGCAUUAGCGCUGUGCACGUGGGUGACUUUGCUGAAGAGCUUGAUCCUGGCGGGUAUGUGACAGGCGGAUACACAACGGAUUACUGUAGUUUAUGAUUACCAGAUUUCCACAGUGAAAAACAGUAGCAACUCUGAAGCCGUUAACAAAAAUAACAGUAUAUAAAAUAACACAAUAAUAAUUAUAAAAAUUAAACAUCGGGUGCAUUUAUAGCAGAUCAAAACAACUCACUAUUUUCUUUAUAUUGCCAUCUAGUGAAAACAUGUUAAAUGUACAAAAAGUCAGAUUUAAAAACAAAUAGAUCAGCUAUUACCAUUUAAACAUAUGGUAUACACAUAAUCAGAAUGGUUAAACAAAUAAUCAGUAAGAUUGUAUGUUUUACUUUUGAAUGGCGCUAACAGACAACCUAAUACAUUACUAUUAGCAAAACCGGAAUGAUUAACAAUUUUACUUUUUCCGACCGAGACAAAAAAUGAAAACUGGUUUGCAACUAUUGCGACAGGCGCAACACUUUAGUAAACCUACCCCUUCGUUUUUAUAAUUGCAAUACUGGCAUACCAUAAAGGUCACAGCAAGACUUAUCAAAGUUUUUCAGUGUACUGUGCAUCAUAAAACAGACAUAAGCAAAACACACUUUCUCAUAGUUCAGGUACAGUACAGUGUAACAAUCGCAUUUAUAUUUUUUUUCAACAAAUGCUAAUGUUUCCUUCAACCCCCCCCCCCCCCCCCUCCAACCUAAAACAGAGAAUUGUUUCCUGUCAACCCCAUGGAUGGAAUUGCUGUGUCCCAUUGUUUAAAUAUAUCCAUUUUACUAAUAUGUCCAUAGUGUAAUAUGAUUGUUCAAGGUUGCUAGUGUCUAGCAAUAAGGGGUUGAAUUAGACACUGUUAACCUCCUGACUGUGUUCUUAACAGAGUUAAUACCCUCUAGUCAAGGUUAUUUAAAAUAUGAACUCGAAUUGUCAUAACAGUAUUGGUAUAGAUGUGUAUUAAAAUGUAAUAUGCUUAUUUUUCUAAUGUUAUAUUUCUACACUAAAGGAUACAUGCUUAUUA